AUGCGAUAUUUAUUCGGAGCUAUAAUAUCCGCAAUAUUUUUCACUUGUGUUGUCGCACGAGCAACACCUACAUCCACGUCACCUGGCAAGUUUAAAGAGGAUGCCGUGGUGAGCGCUGAAGAUGCUGUCUUGAGUCCGUUCAAGUACGAAGGUGUCUUUUGUGGGACCACUAAUAAAUACUUACAACAUGAAAUCCGCGAGACAACCCGCGAAGCUUGCACGCAUCUUAGACUCCAGGUGUCGAGGCCGAGAUUUUUUUUGGGCUUCUUCAGCGAGCCUCCAUUACAGAAAUUCACAGAUAAGAAAUUGUUUGCACGCAUGACGAUGCGGCCUCUCUUUCGGUUUCCCAUGCGAUCAAAGAUGAUGCGGACUAGUAUUCGACCUAGUUUCCUUUCACCAUCGCGAAAUGAUUGGGUCAUUCUCGAUCAUCAGUGCAGAUUCAUGGGCGUUGUACAUAGGACUCAGCCCAAAGUAUUUACCCGCUGUCGCUCAUAUAGUCAUGUCGAUGCCAUUCCGCCCGGUGUUCAGUACGUCAUGUUGUAG